AUGGGUAACUCCAACAGCUCCAGCAAAAAGGUCACUGCACAGGACAGGGCCAUCCUCGACCUCAAGAUUCAGCGCGAUAAGCUGCACCAGUAUCAGAAACGCAUCAAUACGAUCACGACUCGAGAGACGGAGAUUGCCAAGGAGUGCUUAGCGAAGGGCGAUAAGCAAAGAGCUUUACUGGCUCUACGACGAAAGAAAUACCAGGUUUCACUACUUGCAAAAACAGAUCAACAGCUCGCACAACUUCAGGCACUCACCAGCGACGUAGAGUUUGCGCUGGUUCAAAAGGAUGUCAUGUUCGGUCUGCAGCAAGGUACAGCAGUGCUGAAAGAGAUACACAAAGAGAUGGGAGGAUUGGAAAGAGUGGAGAUGAUACUGAGUCAAAGUGAGGAGGCGCAAGCAUAUCAGAAGGAGGUGAAUGAAAUGCUUAGCGGGAAGAUGUCGAAUGAGGAUGAAGACGAGGUAGAGGACGAGCUCGAGGCUCUGGAACGGGAAGCACAAGGAGUGCCUAGCAUGCCUGAAGCACCGAAGACUACAGCUGGUGAGAUACCUGAAGCUCCCUCCGGCGAGGUAGAGACGCCUGAGGCCAAAGCGAGGCGAAGACGGCAAGCGCGAUCAGAGCGUGAGCAGGAGCAAGCGUUGGGGCCAAUUGCUGCGUAG